AUUCACUUAAACGUCACACUGAUACAGUUUCCUUCCCGUUUAAUUUUAAUUUAUUUAUUUUGUUUGGUUUCUGGAGGACUUCUUCGUUCUUCUGUUGAUUAAUUGUUCCUUUGUUGUUGAUUGAUACCCUUAAGAUGUCGGUUGUACAGCGCAAGUUGGUCAAUUUCCCGAAGAGUGAAAGGGCCAUCUCUGCUAUUUCCAAGUCUUCUUCGACGGUGGACCUGGAGGAAGUAUUCCGUGAUAGUAUAGAACCGGCCCAACUAAACCUGGUUCAAGAUCUCGACGAGCAGUUCUUCGCCAACUCCUACCGACUGGUGCAGAAUGUCAGCGAUCGCCACCCCACCCUGGCGGCCAGGUUCAAGUUUUUCGUUGACAUCCUUUAUAGACUCCAUGGCCACUACAUCGCCGCAGUGGAGCAAGGCAAAGCGAUGCAGUUGAAGGUGCAAUCGGCGGAUGAGAAACUGCAGCUGGCCCUGCAGACCACGUCCACCUCGGAGGCGAUGAUGGAGCACUUGCGCGAGUCCCUGGAGGACGCCUGGCGGAACGAGGAUGCCACCAAGAAUCGCGAGGAAACCAUGCAGCUCCAGCUGAUGAAGCUGGUGCGCAGCGAUCAGCCAACUCUGUUCAACAGCGCUCUGCCGGAACAGAUGGCACCUACAGCGAAGGACUCCCCCAUCCGGAGCUUGAUCUAUCGGGAGCGCGAUCGCCUGGCCGGCGAGCUGAAGGACUACCAGAAGCGUCUGAACAUGAACCGCCUGUACUCCGAAUCAGUGGAGGGUAUGCUGGAGGUAUCAAAGGAGACGAUUGCCAAGCUCAAUCAGCGGGUGAAGGUGGCCGAGUCGGAGAACUUUCGGUUGGAGCACAAGUGCAACAAGGAGCAGGAAAAGUACGAGGAACGGCUGUUGCACAUAAACAAGGAGUUGGCCCACGUGUUGCAGCAGAACCAGGAACUUGUGGUAUUGGAGAAGGACUUGGCGGAGCUGACCGCCGCCAACGAGGCACUGAAGCAGCGCAACGAUCGUCUCACGCGGGAAAACUAUAACUUUUCGAAGACCUACCGCCUGCUGGAGGACGAGAAGCUCAAAAUGCAGACGAGCCUCAAGAUGGCCGAGGAUUUGAACAAUGAACAGAGACGGGACAAUGCCGAUCUGGAAUUCGCCAGCCGCACUGCCGAGCGGAACGCCAAGAAGUUGGCCGUCGACUCGCUGGUCCUGGAGCGACGUUUCAUCCAGCUGGCCAAGAAGAACUCGGAGUUGAACGCUCAGGUCCUGGCUUAUCAAAGUGAGAUCAAGGUUCUGGAAAAGAAAAUCAUGGUGAUCACUGGCAAGCUGGACGAGGCUAUCCAAGAGAGGGACGACAUGACUCGCGCCAGGGACAAGCUGAGGAUAGAGAACACCCGUCUCAACGACAUUGCGUCCGGAGUGCGCCACGAAAUCGCUGUUGUUCGCCAUCAAAUGCAAGACCUGCAAAGCAAUGUUAACCGGGCCAACACUCAGCUGGACGAGAGGGACCUGCAGGUGCAGAAGAUAGUCCGUGAGAAGAGGGAGCAGACCUUGGAGCUCAACGACGCCUACAAAAAGAUCGAUGGCAUCGAGGAGGCUCUGUCCCUGAAAACGGAACGCGUGGAGGCACUCCAGCUGGCACUGCAGCAGAAGCAUCAGGACUUCGCGAACGCCAAGAAGCAGAUGGAGACCAUUCACUCGGAAAAGGUGCUGCUGAUCAAGACAAUGGACAUGUGCUCGCGGGACCGCUCCACGCUGCAAAGCACGAUGACCAAGCUGACGCACCAGAUCAACCAGAUGACCGCCUCGCUGGCCAUCAACGAGAAGGAGAUCUCCGGUCUGGGCAACCAGAUUGAGCAGCUGAACCGCACCGUGAAGCAGAAGCAGAACGAGAUCCAUGCCAAGGGUCGCCUGUUGGCCAGCACCCGGUCCGAUCUGCGGGAGACGAAGUUCCGGCUGGAGCAGUCGCAGCUCACCAUAGAUUCCGAUGAGAAGCGAUUCAAGACCAUGUCCGCCGCCCUGGAGGAGGUCAAAAAGGAGAAGAGUCUGGUGGGCCUGCAGAUGGUCAGGCGGAACGAUGAAGUGCGUCUGCAGAGGGAGAAGCUGGAGAUGAUGCAGAAGGCCAUCGAUCGGGGUACCUUGCAGUACAACCAGAGGCUGGAAGACAUCCGCCUGCUCAAGCUGGAGAUUGUCAACCUGCGGAUGUCGCGGGAGUGCAUGCAACGCGAGGUGGGCAACCGGGCGACCAUGCGCCAUCACGUGGUCCGACUGGAGCGGCAGCUCAACCAAGAGCGGCUCAGGGUAUCCGCCUACUCGGAGGAGUUGGCCCGCCCCUGUCGCAUCCACCGCUGGCGCGUCCUGCUCGGCAAGGAUCCGCGUCGCUUCGAGCUCAUCCGCAAGGUGCAGCACCUUCUGCGCCGGAACAUACGCCUCUCCGUGGAACGGGAGAACACUGCCAAGGAGCUGGAGGACCUGAAGCGCCUGCACGAGGAGUUCAAGCGCCAGAUCAAGAACCUGCCCGAUCCAAGUGUGCGCCAGAAGCUCUGUCUCCAGCAGCGCAUCAAUCGCCGCCAGAGUCGCCAGCUGAAGGUGAUGAAAGCCGAGCUGAGGAUCAAUGAGAUCGAUCUGAAGGCGCGGGAACACCUGAUAAAGGGCUUCCAGGAGCAGUUGCGAUCGCAUCAUCGGCAAAAUCCGCAGCUCUUCAUUGGCGGCGGGGAUGCAAAGGAUUCCACCGCCGAGACAAUCGACAGUAACUACCUGGAGCAUAUAUUCGAUUUCUCCUCAGCCUGCGGAUCUAAACCAACGUAGUGAUGGUGUCUAUAUGCUAUAAACAUCGAGGUAUCUUUUACACUUUGAAACAAUUAAAGGGAAACCUUUUUUAAA